AUGCUAUCGCUGGGCGGGGGCUAUGAUGAGCACUAUUGGUUUGAUAUCCGCCCCGAGGUCGGGAAUCGCGAGGCGACGCGUUUGAUUACGCAUCUCUUGCUCGUCCUCGACACGGCCUACUUGGAGCAAAUCAGCUUCUAUGACGUGCAAGCCCACGCAGGGGACUCGCUGUCGUUUUCGAUGGCGCAGUACUCCAUGAGCCUCGCGCUGCUUCCGCUGUAUCCCUUCGAGGAUGGUCUCCGCGCAAUGGUGGCCAUGGCAAGGCGCUUGCGCAAUCCACAGCAUCGCGCGCAGGUGUACGCCGCGUUCGUGCGCGCCGUGCGGGAUUCCGAAUUUGAGCACGAGGAGAUGUCGCGGGAGCAGAUUGAGGAGCAGGAGGCCCGCUUAGUUCGCAUGUUUGUGGAAUUGGAUCCGAACCCUGCCACACGGACUGCCGUCCAGAUGCUGCUCGAUCAGCAGAUUGGUGGAGACGAGCUGCUUACCCAUAACAAAACGGCGGAACAGAUUCUAUGGGAGGCAAUGCACGCCUACACCACGGAGGAUUAUAUGAAGGUCCUGGUUAAGGGGUUAGAGGCCUGCGUGGGCUUUUGGUUGACCACUCCACAGCCGGAGCUGAACGCGAUCACGGACGUCAGUCGUAUUCUGAUGCAGCGGGUGAUGCCCGCCCUUGAGGAUCCAACCAAAAAUGGCCAACCAUGCAGUAGCAGCAGCAUCGGCGCCGGGGGGAAACGGUUUACCCUGAUAGAAGGUGGGGGGUGCUCAGAGGCCAAGGUGCCGGUGGAACCGGUAUCCGGGCCCCUUUCCGCACAGGAAUGGAGUGAAGCCGUCUUUUGGUAUGUGUUUAGUGAGGCGAGAGCUCUUUCGAAGGAGCACGCGAAGUCGGUCAGCGCUCUUGAAGCCGCGCGAGCGACUUUUAAAGCAGGCGAUGGGAAUCGGACCCUCCUUUUCCAACUUUCGCAGAAUGAGAUAGGAUUGAUGACCAAGCUCGUCACUUUGACGCAACGCGCGAUUCGUCAUGGCGGGGCCGUCGUUCACCGUUCGCGGCAGUGUUUAUCCGCCGUUAUGUGGCUGCUUCAGGUAUUUGUCGAGGAUGUAACUUUGAACCUUCUUAACAGCGACAACAAGACGGAGGGUUUGGAGCUCAUGCAGACGGCAUUCGGAUUUCUGGAAGAGUUGAAUGAGGCAGGUUACCUGCAUCCCAGCCUACUACUUCAAGAGACUGCAAGUACUCUAUUCACCUCUAUUCGCGCGAUGCGCGUCGCUUACGGUCAACUAGCUGAACGUAAACAUGUGGAACAGAUACUGCAGCGCGCAAACAUAGGGCAUACGUCGGAGGUAGUGGUUAGAUUAUAA